UUGGUGUGUAGUAGGCAUAUCACUAGAGUGUUUCAGAGUCACGACACGCUCCGGAACAAUCAGACAGUUCUUCCCACUUCAGGAAAUGUAAACAUAUCAGUGAUCGUUUUAAUUUAAAGCUAAAUUGCUACAUUAGUGAAGAUGUCAAGACAACACUGUAGAAGUAUAUUUCCAAGGAUAUACGGUAAACAUAAGAUCGUCAUAAUAACUUCAGUAAUAUGUUGGGCCUUAAGUUGUUGCUUGGUAUCAGCAUCGCCAAGUCUACGGAGACACACAACGACCAGAUCAAAUAACGUGACAAUAUCUAUAGAGAAGAAUGUAACAGAUCCGAACGAACUGUUUCAUUGGGAAGACUACAGCGUCCUGGCCACCAUGCUGAUAGUAUCAUGUGCCAUCGGUGUCUUCUACGGAUAUUUCGCUGAACAACAAACCACUGGAGAUGACUUCCUGCUCGGAGGAUCCUCGAUGGGAACAUUCCCUAUGGCUCUAAGUCUCGCCGCGAGUUUCAUCACAGCCAUAGAGUUAUUGGGCAAUCCAGCUGAGAUGUACAUGGCAGGCGCACAGUUCUGGAUGAUUUGCAUCGCUUUUGUCCUCGUUGUGCCUAUAACGAGCCAGCUUUACUUACCAGUGUUCAUGAGGCUACGACUCACAUCAUGCUAUGAAUACCUGGAAGUGCGAUUCUGCAAAUCGAUACGCGUGUACGCAAGUGCACUGUACAUGAUGCAGAUGAUACUGUACACGGCGGUGGCGGUGUAUGCGCCGGCGCUGGCGCUAUCUGACGUUACUGGCUUGAACACCUAUCUAGCAGUAUCUCUGGUGUACGUGGUGUGCAUAUUCUACGCUUCACAGGGCGGCAUGAAGGCGGUGAUAAUGACGGAUACGUUCCAGUCAGCCGUGCUGCUGGGUUCACUGGCUGUGGUGCUGGCCAUGGGCGCAGCCAAGGUCGGCGGCCUCGACGCCGUCUGGGACCACGCGCGACGGACUGAUAGACUGCAUUUUUUUGAUAUGAAUCCGGAUCCGACGGUGCGGCAUUCGUUUUGGUCUGUGGUCGUAGGCGGCACCAUGUACUGGACCAGCAUGUUCUGCGCAAAUCAAGCAUCAGUACAGAAGUACUUGUCGGUGGAGCGCAUCGCGCAGGCGCGGAUCGCGCUAUGGGUGUCUGCCCUCGGCCUCACCGCCGUAUACUCCGUCAACUUUAUCACCGGCGCGGUUCUCGCCGCUCAUUAUGCAGACUGUGAUCCGAUUCAGUCAGGUGCGAUCAACGCGUCGGAUCGAUUGCUGCCUCUAUACGUGGUGCGACAACUGGGUGCUGCCAGAGGUGUCCCAGGAUUCUUCGUCGCUGGCAUCUUUGCGGCCAGCCUUGGGACGGUAGCUUCUGCGUUGAACUCCUUGGCCGCAAUAGCGUGUCAGGAUCUGGCCACUGGUCUUCUUGGCAUAACGCUACCUGAGAACAAAGGGGCUACUAUAGCGCGAUGGGUGUGUCUAGCAUGUGGCGCAGUGUCCUUUGGACUAGUAUUCCUGGUGGAGAGACUCGGGCCGGUGCUGCAACUGGCUCUCUCGUUCAACGGCAUAGCUGGUGGCGUCUCUCUCGGACUCUUCUCCUUGGGCAUGCUGUUCCCAUGGGCUAAUGCUAAGGGCGCAGUGGCGGGUGGAGUGUUCGGUCUUCUGCUGGUGGUGGCGGCAGGUGGAGGUGCGCAACUGGCACAAGUGCCCCUGCACCGGCUGCCGGGCUCCGUCAAGGGGUGCCCAGCCUCUCACAACCUCACCAUACAGAUGUCAAUGAACCCUACUGAAAACCACGACGAAGCAGUAUUCUGGUUAUUCCGCGUGUCGUACCUAUGGUAUUCCGGGCUGGGAUGCGCAGCCACACUGCUGGCGGGGCUGCUAGUAUCCGCGCUCACUGGCGCCAACGACCCCGCAAACGUGCCCAUCGACCUCAUAUCACCGCCAGUUGUCGCCUUCCUCAACUCCUUGCCCAACAAAGUGAAGAAGUUGCUGAGGGUUCCGGCGCGAAUGGGGUCGGAGCGGCGGCGCAGCUCAAGUCUGCGGCCUCCGAGUGUAGCGGAUGACAAGGACACGCGGCGGCGGCGGCGGCUGUCAGAAAUGGCGGGCGGAGUCUUCUACAGCGACGCCGCCUCGCAGACCCGCGGACACGACAACCUCGCCCUACGCCUCGAAACUGAAAAACCACCCACAAUAGAAAACAACCAGCACACCAGCUUCUAAACCACUUUAUUACGAAAACCAAAGAUAAUCCAAAUAUUGAUUACACGCCAACCAUGUACAAAUCGUUAAAUACUAACGAAGUAUUUAAGCUCUAGGUUAAUUAUUUAUAAGUUAAAAUAAUUUUAUUAAAACGCUUAGUGGGUAUGUACUUACCGGUCGAAGCCUCAUCCAGGAGUUGUUGAUCUUUGUUAUAGGAACAUAGGAAUUUGUUCAGAUUCAGUAGGUAUUUUAGUUUUAUCAUUAGCAAUAUUUUUAGGUAUCCUUUAGACUUAGAUGCUAAGCAGCUAAAGUCUAACAAUGUUAAAUUAUAUUUAUUUUGUUACUUGCAGUUUAUUAGUUGUAAUUCUAAUACGUAAUAAAUGUCAAAAUAGUGAA